AUGUAUAUGGAGACGGAUGGGGAUGAAAUUGCAAUAACCUACAUCAAAGAUGUGACAUUCAACACUAACCUACCUGAUGCAGAGAUUUUAAAGAUGACAAAGGUUAUGAUCUGGUUUGAACUUUUCCUUAAUUUUGUCAAGAUAAAUUGUUUUGAUGCCUUCAAGACUGGACAGCCCCCAUUUGUAAUGGAGAAAUGGAUUGUAGGAAUAACAGAAAAUCAGACUGUAGAAUGUACCGUCACAUAUGAGACGCUCAUUUCCGUUUCUUCUGCAGGUGCUGAGUGCCAGUGGUUAGACACUCUGAGGAUGCGACAGAUUGCAUCCAACACUUCUUUACAACGCUCCCAAAGCAAUCCUAUUCUGGGGUCACAAUUCUACCCAUAUUUCAGUGACCAGGGUUCCUACGCAGCUGCUGUGAGGCGGACCCAGGUGCCCAUUAAGUACCAACAGAUUACCCCUAUAAACCAAUCCAGAAGCUCCUCUCCUACGCAGUAUGGACUGACCAAAAACUUCUCUUCUCUACAUCUCAACUCCAGAGACAGUGGUUUUUCCAGUCUUACCACUGACAACGCUUCAGAGAGCGCUCGAUACUCAGGUAGAAGUAGGAACAAGUAUGAACGUGGUAGUGUGUCACUCGGUUCUUCUCCUAGAGGAAGGUACAGUGGAAAGAGUCAGCCUUCCACUCCUUCAAGAGAGAGGUAUUCUGGGAAAUUCUACAGAAUUAAUCAGUCAGCCCUCAAUACGCACCAGUCACUUGACUUCAAGCGAAGCCCAAAUGACCACCAUCAAUCCAGGACGAUACCAGGGAUGCCUUUGCACCCUGAGACUGACCCAGGAGCCAGCGAAGAGGAGAACAAAGUCAGCGAAGGAGGAUGGACCAAAGUGCAAUACCGGAAGAAGCCCCACAGGCCCUCUCCUGCCAAGACUAACCGAGAAAGAGCCAGAGGCAACUACCGCGGAAGGAGAACCUUUUGAUGAAUUGAAUUAGAUGAGUUUUCCUAAGCAUGCUUUUUUUUUUUGGGGGGGGGGGUAAUGUAAUGGAUUUUGAUAAUACGAUGUCUAAAGAAAUUAAUGAAAAGACAACUUUUCCAUCAUUAGAUUUAGGAAAUACCUUCUAAUUGAGACUACCGCCAAACCAGGGCUAAAAUUAUGGAUGUCAGUUGACCAAAUGAAUGUAAUUUGACUUAAUCAUAACUAUACAUAUUUUUCCCACUGAAUUAACAUUUUUAGAGGAGGGGAUAUACCAUCAUAUUACCCUAACCACUGCCGGUCUGGUUAGCAGGGCCUGAACUAGGGUUAGGUUAAGUGGGGCACUUGUCUUGGGUACAGAAUUUAAGGGGGUACCCAAAAGCUCAUUAAUCAAGAUAAUAUUCUAAUGCAAUAUUUAAAUAAAUGAAAAUUAAUGCAAAAAACAUUAAAAAAUCAAAAUCCUAGAUAAAGACAGGAUCAAUAUUACUGAUUUCUCUUUUAUCGGAGUGUAAGGCUCCGAUAAAAGUAUAUGUAAUAAAAGUAAAGUAUAUGGAACUGUUAGCAAUCCUGUUUUUAUUCAAAAUUCUAAUAUUUUGUUCAUCAUGAAUUUUUUGCAUUAACUUUCUUUUUUUUUUUAAUUGCAUUAAAAUAUCAUUUAUCUUGAUUACUGAGGUGUUUUUUGUUUUGAUGCCCCCCCUUAAGUUUUGUGGCCAAUGCAAGCAUAUCACCCUAGUCUCGACACUGUUGGUUAGUAUUUAUUUUAGUAACACAUUUGGGUUUUUAUCAUGGUCAAAGCUGAGCUAAUUUGGCUUGUUAUUUUUUAGACAAUAAAAAACGUGAUUAAACUUCAUGUUGAUGCAUAACUCAUUCAUUAAGACUUAUCGGAAACCUAAUUGCCUAAGAGAUUUUGGGGACUGCUUUUAAACAUUAUUUCCUGCAUUUUACCAAAGGAGGAGCACAGAGGGAAAAACAAGUCCAUAAAGACAUCUUGGGAUGUCAGAAAUCUAAAAUCGGUAAGAAAACAGACACAGAGCAGGAUAAUAAUGUCACAAACUAAAAGCCAGAGAAAUUUAAAAUUACCAACAUCCUUGUUCCAGCAAGACAGUAAAUACUAUCCUUGCAGCAAGAAAGCUGUAAGCAGCUGGGAGUAAAGAAGUAAACAGUGCGGGUGGGAGGAAAGUGCCUGCAGCUUAGAAAAGGAAUUGUGGGAUCCAACUUGCAAAAUUCUUCAUAUUUUACAAAUCAAAAAGUCGGGUGGCAACAAACUCAUUACAUGUCAAAUAAA